AUGCAAUCGCUGCUGCAGUAUCGACGCGCUGGUGCUGCAGCGCAAGCGCAGAUUGAUCGAGAUGUUGGCAAGAUUAGAGAGCAUAUGCCACCUGAUACCACCCGUGAUUUGGAAGCAGCAAAGCCGCCUGUAAGGCGACAUCCUCGCAAGAAAGAUGACCAAGGCCUGGGACGUGCUUUGUCGCGUGUCAUUGAAGAACACUUUGCCAACCAAGAAGGUCACGAGGAGCCAGUGCCAAUACAACCAAGUGUUACAGCUGAUACUAUUCGACGAUGUAUGUCUGAAGGCGUUGCACUUGGUCAGGUCUUGACAGGUAUCCAAGUUCGGCCUCACAAAAACGCCAAAGGGGACGAUGGCAAUGUUUUCGUGGUCAAAUGGGAAGGGCCUGAUGAUCCCCUGGACCCUCACAACUGGUCAGUUGGGAGACGAAUUGGAGUUACUUUGCAAAUAUCUGCCAUCGCUUUGUUUGUGGGAGCCGCCUCAGGUAUUGACGCUACGGUUCUUCCCCAAGCCUCCAAGUCGCUUGGUGUCAGUCAAGUUGCUGAGUCGCUAGCUACAGGCCUCUAUUUAGUUGGGAUGGGCCUAGGAUCAUUGGUAGCAGGCCCCUUCUCAGAAACCUUUGGCAGAAAUGCAGUUUAUAUCGUCUCCAUGGCGAUUUUUAUGGUUUGGAUCAUGGCAUCUGCUCUUGCCCCAAACUUUGGGGCUCAGAUAGUCUUUCGUUUUCUAGCGGGUUGCUCGGCUUCAACGCCGCUCGUAUGCUCCGGAGGUUCCAUCGCCGACAUGUUCAACAGUCUCGAAAAGACCUGGAGCUUUCCACUUUACGCGGUAGCUGGCUUUGGUGGACCGAUGAUAGGCGCUGUCAUGGGCGCUUAUAUCGGCCCGUCGAAUGCAGUCAGUUGGCGAUGGGCUGAGUGGAUCAUGCUUAUCGCUUCUGGACUUGUUCUCGUACUGGUCCUGCUUCUCAUGCCGGAGACGUACGGGCCUCUUCUGUUACAGUGGAAAGCCAAACAUUACCGACGAAUUACUGGCGAUGAUCGGUUCAAGUGUGAACAUGAGAUUGUAGACGCCAGCCUAUUCAGCCGACUCAAAGUCAGCAUGACAAGACCAUUCUUCAUGUUGACGGAACCCAUCAUUAUCGCCAUGACUCUGUAUCUCAGUGUUUUGUACAUCGUCCUGUUCACGUUUCUCGUGGGCUGGCCAUACAUCUUUGAAGAGACAUAUGGUAUCAGCCAAGGACUGUCAAACAUCAUAUUUAUCGCCAUGUUUCUCGGCACCCAGAUAAACUUUCUCUUCGUUCCCAUCAUCUAUCGCAAGACUUUGCGAGCUACCGAGAAAGGAGGCCAUUUCAAGCCCGAGAUACGCCUCUGGUAUGGAAUGCUCGGCGCCUCCCCGGCUAUUCCCAUCUCAUUGUUCUGGCUGGGGUGGACAAACUACGCCAACAUAAGUAUCUGGUCUGCGAUUUUCGCCGUAGUUUUCUUCGGAUAUGGUGUCACUGGAAUCUUUAUCUGUACAUAUAUGUACAUCAUUGAUUCAUAUGAGAUAUACUCAGCGUCAGCUCUCACAUUUGUGGCAUUGACGCGGUACAUCGUCGCUGGUGGAAUGACUGUGGUUGGUAUCCCGUUUUACGAAAACAUGGGCACGCACUAUACUCUCACAAUAAUGGCAUGCCUGGCAGUGGUAUUGGCAACGAUCCCCUACGUAUUGUACUUCUACGGACACAACAUUCGGGCAAAGAGCAAAUAUGCAUUCACGCAUUGA